GGGAAAAAAUCGAAGUCUUCCUUGCUAACAUUAAUUCAUCUUGAAGCAAUUUUUGCAAGAAAUGUUCCUUGAAGAAUAGUUAUUGAGUACAAAAUUAGUAAUAACGAAGCUUUUUGUUUCCUUUUGUUGGUAGAAGUUCUAGGGUACUGGCAAUUACGGGGUUCAAAUGUAAAUUGUAGUAUGGGAAAGUGUUUAACUCAGUACAAAAGUACAAUGGAUGGUCCAGGAACAAUGACUUGGGAAGCAUUUGUAGAAAAUGCAGAAAGCAUCCUGCGAAUAUCAAAUGCAAUUUCUGACCAUUGGGAAUUUGAGGGGGACAAGGACGUCCCUGGACAAGCAUAUUUAUUUCGACGAGAGAAGACUUUUAUUCCAAACGACUAUCCGAUCGAAGAAGCCUCGAAAAAUGUAGAAGACAAUUUGUCAAAUGAGCUUCGUCUAAAAUUUAGAGAGGAUCCUUUUGAAGCUCCUUCUGCAUCUGAGAGACCUCUUGUCAAGGAGCAUCACAUCCUUUGGUCUGUCAGUUUCAGCGUACCGUUAUUAUACUUCAAUGGAUGGAAAUCAGAUUUUCCAGGAACAAAUCCAGUCUCUGUAGAAGUGGCUCAAAGAUUUAUGGAACAUGAAACUCUAGCCUAUACCGAAUUAUCCCAAGCCAUUCAUCCAAUUCUCGGGACCCCAUUUUUGCAUCUACAUCCCUGCAUGUCGCAGAAUAUUCUACGCAACUUAUCAAAAAGCAAUAACAAAUUAGUCAGUUGGCUCAGCAUAAUGGCCCCUGCAGGCCUCAAUCUGAAAAUAAGACCUGAGUACUACGAAUUAACCUUUGGGGAUAUACGAGACGGUGAUGGGAAUUUCAUCGAUGAAGUUGAUGAGAAAUCUGAUAUUCCUGAAAUUCAGUAGCAACACAUUUGCUACAAUGAGCUACAAUUUUAAAGAUAGAGAAUCUCCAUUCUGCAUAAAUAGUAUUUUCGUUGGUGAUAUAUACAUCUGGGUCACUAAGCAAGGUUGUUGCAUCAUUGCCCACUCUAUCGUCGUCUCAUCAUUAUUUUUGGUCAAGAAAAGAAUAAGCGUUUACUGUCAACGAUACUAAGUGUUACUUAAUUUGACUGAAAGCCUAUAUAAUAGUUUAUACAGGUCACCAUGAAAUAUUUUACGAACAGAUGGGACAAAUUUAUACUUUUAAGAUA